CUUGCAGCAGCAGAAGAAGAAGUCAGUCGGUACUUCUGAAGUAUUGCUAGCAGCACCGGUCGGCGUACUUGUAUGUUACUGUGACGUCUUUCUGUUACUUUCUGGAGGUUAACAGGAACUCAGUUUGUCCUCGUCGGUGUGAUGGAACCGGACAAAAUGGACGAGAACGAGUGGAAGUAUCACGGAGAAGGAAACAAGAGCCUGGUGGUCUCACACGUCCAGCUUUCCAGAGUUCUGCGCCUCCUCAAGUAUCCGGCCGAGGACUCUGAGAACCCACCACAGACCGUGGAGCAGGCCUUCAGGCAGAUCCAGAACAUUGUGGACUUCAGCUCCAACGUGAUGAGCAGCCUGCUGGGAGAGAAGUUCAUCCACAGCGGGGAAGUGGUCAAACUGCCGCUAGAGUUUGUGCGACAGCUGUCAAUCAAAGUUCAACAUCAAAGACCAGCCUGGCGCUGUGAUAAGGUGAUGGACAUCUACAGCGGCUGUGCUCUCUGUCUGCCCAACCUGACGUCUCCAAUCCUCCACCAGCCAACACACACUCCUCCACUCUGCAUUGAGAUUAAGCCCAAAUGUGGCUUCCUGCCGUCCUCCAAACAUGUCAGCAAAGACAUCAAGACCAAAGUGUGCCGCUUCUGCAUGCACCAACACUACAAGGUGGCCAAUGGGAAGUGGAAGAGGCCGAGUCUGUACUGUCCUCUAGACCUGUUCUCAGGUAACCGACAGAGAAUGCACUUUGCCAUCAGACACCUGAUAGAAGAACCUCAGAACAACUUCAAGAUCUUUAAGGGAGGUCAGUGCAUCUACAGCAGCAAGGAGGUCAGCGACGACUCGAUGGACCUGAACUCCCUGCUGCAUCACCUCAGACCGUACUUCCUGUACGGAAACAACCGGAUCAACAGUCACGUGACCAGCAAAGCGGUCCUGAACAACUUCAUCCAGGUCCUGGUGAACGCCCUGCUGAGUGGUGGAGGUGGAGAGGUGGAGACGGACACACGGGGAGAAGGACGGAGCUUCUGUGACGCCAGUCUGUUCAACAAGGAGAGGAUCAGCAAUGGCUCUCAGGGUUUACCCGGCGACAGCGUUUUGUUCCGGAUCCUCCAGACUCAGAUGUUGGACACCCUGGACAUUGAAGGACUCUACCCUCUGUACCGCCGUGUGGAGCAGCACCUGCAGGACUUCCCCAAGGAGAGGGGCACCACCGUCUGGUCUCCGGCGUCGCUUCCCGUCUGCGUCAGAACUCGUCUUCAGAUGGAGGGGCCGUACAACGAGGCCUUCCUGGAGAAGCUGCAGAAGUGUCCCACCGAGGACGACGGCUCCGUGGAGUACGCCGUCGCCAAGGUCCAUCAGUACCGCGUCGCCAUGACAGCCAAGGACUGCUCCAUCAUGGUCGCUCUGGUGCCCAGCGGUGAGGAAGAAGAGGAUGAAGAAGGUCUCUCCAGUCAGAGGCGGCUCAGGGACUUCCUCUCCUCCAGGCCGGCGGCUCUCUCGUACUCCGUCUCCAUCUUGGACCUGGACCCAAAGCCGUUCGACAGCAUCCCCAGCCAGCUGCGCCUGGACCAGAAGAUCGUCUCCUGCUACCUGAAGACUGGCGGUGCCUUGCCGAAGGGCUCUCUGUCGCCACACUCUGGCAACUUCACAGCUGCAGAGAGAGAGGACUGCACGCUGCUCUUCCACCCCAUGUGAACUCCCCCUCCCCCCCCCCCCCCAAUAAGAGCCGGACCCCCCGACUAACAGACUCGUGAUCGAAACAGAGUCGAUGUUGACGCAGAGGUCGAGAAUCACUACAGGCCAGAGACGGUACUGCAGCUUCUUCACUCUGCUCCGUGUUGACGGCGGUUAACAGCUCGGGCAAAUACAAUAAAUCUCCGGGAAAGUCACCACUAACUCAUCGGACGUUACCGAUUCUAGACUCUUUAACGCGCCACUCCCACCAGGAGGUGAAUCCCAGUGUCACCACUGUGUCCUGUCAUGAUGCAUAUUUAUUAGAAAACUCACGGGGAGCUUCGGCCUUUUCCUCGUCGGGGACGAGGGCCGGCCGGAGCUCCGAGAAGACGGAAGGAGAGUGAAAGAGAAGAGAGGAAAAAGCAUGUUGUUGGGCGUCGACCUACGUAAGAUGUCCUUUCCUGAAUGUAGGCGGGGCUUCUGGGAGAGCGAGGCGGAGCCAUUAUGUAUGUCCAGGUUGACCAGCAGCGUCGCCGUGGUAACGGAAAGCACUGGUUGCCACAGCUGGCGGCCACGCGGAGGUGGGGCUGACCUGGUCACCUGCAGGUGGAGAGGAUCCAGUUCUCUGCUGGACUCCACGGAGGUCUUCGGUCCACUAUUUUGAGAUGAGGUGCGGCAGCGUUUUGGUUUUCAAAACCUUCGUGAACCAGAAUCACGAGAGCCAAAUGACAGCGAGAGGCGCUCGACGUCUCAGUUCGUUGUCGUGGUAACUUUUUUUUUUUCUUAUCGGGCGUUUUUGCCGAGAUUUUGAAGGUCAAAUGUUGGUGACUAUUUUUCUUUUUAAGAAGGAGUUGAGUAUCGUUAAAGGGUAACUUCACCUAAAUAAAAAUAAAAAUAAUAAUAAUAAUAAUAAUAAUAAUAAUUUUAAAAAAGCCUUGCCUCUUCCCUCCAGUGAAAUCUAUCCAGUUCUGGUUUUAUUUAUGAGACUGUCACAGCAUUGAGAAAUUACAUUUCUUUAUAUAUAAAGUGUAUAAUACAACUGGAUAAUCUACAAAACACAAUGGUUUUAAUUGAAACUAUUUUGAAGAAUAGUUCCAAUAAAAACAUUGUUUUCUAAAAUAUAUUCUUAAAAUGACCUUUCAUUGCCAACAAACUAAAAUAUCUGCGUGGAGAAAUUUCACUUGAAGGAAGAUUAAUAAAUAACAAAACACACUCAGUGGCCACUUUAUUAGGUACACCUUUUUAUAAUAUAAUGCAACCAAGUACAUCAGCCGUUAUUAAUUUACCUUUUUUAAAUCUUUAUUGUUCAUUUUCUGUUGGUGCCGUCAGAGGUUGUUGUACUGACAUACAGUCCAGUAGACCAACGCCUCCAUGAGCAUAUAGUUUAAUUAACAGCUGACAUUGUACGUGUUGAAUUAGCUGAUGCAGCUGUUGUCGUCUUAGCACUGAGUGUGUUGAGUAAUUUGGGUAAACUGACCCUUUAAGGUCCAGCCGGGUCUUGUGACUAAUCAGCUCUUGUAGGUUCUUCAAGCGGAGACGUUUGUGUCCAGUUGCCUUUUGGUGGUUCUGACGUAACACCUUUUUUGUUUAUAAAAAAAGAAGAAAAAGCACAUUAUUUUAACUCUUAUUGUUCUGUUUUGUUGUAAGAAAAGCAGCAUGUAAGUAGUUGUCUAACACUCCCGUGUUCACUAACCUGGGGAUGCGUAGUGUUACACUUGCUGCAUAGAGGUUCUCCGUCUCUUAUUCACAAUUUAAGCCCAAACCACAAAUUCAGCCUGGAGGUUUCGGUGCAGACUCGCAGUCGGCCAAUCAGAAACACCGAUGCAAUGCGUCAUCGCUCCACUUCCCUGAACAGAAGACCAAUGUGAGCAGAGUAUCUUAAAGCAAAAGGGUCAGUGCGCACCAGAGCAAAGGCUUCUGGGUAACGGCGCAGCCCUCGUGAGACGGGCUUCAUGCUGCUGCUCCGCUGGUUGUUCUGUGCCAUACGUGGCUUGUUGUGUUUGUCCGUGUGCCUAAAUGUUCUUGUAGGACUGGAGAGUGUUUGUGUGUGUGUGUGUGUGUUUGUAUCAAGAAAACUUGCUUUGUUACAGUCUGCGUUCGCAGCUGAGAUCAGAGACGAAGCCGCGAAGUCGGUUAGCCUCUGAUCUCGGAUCAGUUUUGUAACUGUAAUCUGUGGACGCGGCCGUGAACUCUCAGUACCUCGAACUCCCGACGAUUCGAAACCGAAGCGCAACAAGAGUCGCCUGACGUUUGCAAAAUGAUGCGUUCAGGGGCGCUGGGAGGUUUCAGAAGGCGUGACGGUGACGUCAUCGGGAGGUGGGACUAGCAGCCCGUUUUUAAAGUUCUUUAGUUAGCACCAGCAGACAAGUCCAGGUGUUGCAUCGUGGUCCAGGUGUUGCAUUGUGGUCCAGGUGUUGCAUCGUGGUCUUUUUGUCGUCACACACCAGACCUGAGAUUUCCUUUCCCGUUGACGUCAUCGCCCUCUGAAUCCAGCCGCGCUCGCUGAGGCUUCAGAUAAACUGGUAACACUUGAUUUCAGUUCCUGUUUACAGUGUCCGCUCUCCAACCUCCACCACCUCCGUCAGCCAAUCAAACGCCUGGAAAACAAAUCACACUACAAGAAGGAAACUAGACAGAAAAAAGCUCCUUCACACUCCAUUGAGAUGAUGAUGAUGAUGAGCGGCGGCUGCUUCCUCGCUUAUCAGCAGCAGGUUGACGGCCCUGCGACGCGAGCCAAUCGCAUGUCUCCCCCUCCCGGGCGUCAGCAGGGUGACGCGGUCGGUUCUGUUAAGUCCAAACGCUAAACUAAAGGUUUAAAAACAAGACCGCUUCACUCCCUCUAACUCUGGAGUUUGACCCUUUUGAACCCAAUUGCGUCAGCUUCGUUGUCAGGGAGACGGAGGAGUCAAAAGGAUGGAGAGCGGACCGCAGUGAACUGAACCAACCACUGAUCUUUCUAACUGUUGAACUGAAGACGCAGCAGGCAGCACGACAGGGAAGCAGAGGCUCAUGGGAAGAGGGUGGGUUAAUAUCUCAGCAGCUGAUUUGAUGUUACCAAGACUUUUUAAGUUUUAUAUAACUUCUAAACAUUGUAACGAAUUUAACGCCAAAGCAUCCGAUCACGAAAGCUGCAAACCGAACAGAUUAUUUUCAUAAUCUCGGCGGUUGUGAUCGUGAGAAAAAAAAGCCGCUUCAGUUUGUGUCGUCAUAUUUUAUAAAUGAGGGACGUACGACUGCUGUGUUUUGAAGAGUGAAGCAAUAAGCCUGAAAACAAUAUAACCAUUAUUAUUAUUAUUAUUAUUAUUUUAUCUAGCCGGACACAAUAAACACCAGCGUCUGAUUCCAGCUGCUCGUCGUGGAGCUUUGAACUGCUUUUCCUUCAUCAGCAGAGUGAGUUUCAUAGUGAGUGAAGUCCUAGAGGAGUAAAUUCAGGACUGUGUGAAAAGUUCAUGAGAAGACGAGAAGAAAAUGUUGUUCAAGGAUUCAGGAAAUCUCUUUUAAGUUAUUAAAGUGUCAAUACAAUGUGGGUUCAGAUUGUCAGAUAUAAUUUAACAAUAAUGCUAUCGGACACAAACUGGGGCAAAAAUAAAUUCCUUUUAAGAUUCUGUAAUCGGGAGAAAACGCCGAGACGGUGGCGCUCCCGACAGGCGAGCUGCCGUCUGAUUGGUCGGCUGCCUCUGCCUCCGCCUGCUGCCUGGGCGUCGGCCUGCAGAAGCAUCGCAGCACUGAUGCUGCAGACUUCUUAAUGGCUGUGUGUGUGUGUGCGUGUGUGUAAAUAUCUGAGGAGAAAAACUAUUUGAGAAUACAAAAAAGGCGACACCGCUGUCCUGCAUUUUGUAUUUAAAUUAUUUAUUUUUGUAGAUUUUGACCGAUGAGCUCUGCCGUUACAAGCGUCAGUCGAGCUUUCUAUUAAAUAAAGAUUUCUAAGAGACUAAA